AGUAGAGUAGUGGAGAGUGGACAAGCUUCAGCUGGGCUGGUCGGGUCCUUCCUCUUCCCCUUUGUCGAUCGAUCGACCUUCCAUCUGUUCCUUCACACACUCCUUUUGUUUCCCGCCCCCUCAAAAACUCUGCGACGAUGCCGUUCAACACCCUUACCGUAGCGCUGUCGACAACGCCGACGAUAAUCUCCACGCUCUUCUCGUACCCUCUUUCUCGGCAGCGAACGGACAACUAUGGACUCUCGUAUGCGGAGGGCAUCGCCCUGAUAAGGAAGUUCCUCAUCCAUGCGAGCCACCACACUGUCGAGGAGCUGCAGGCGUUUACCGCGAUGUAUGUGCCGCGCCCCGUGUGGGUGUGCUGUGAGCCGGUCGAGAUUGCGAACGAGUACUGCGAUCGCGCGGCGGCGGCGUUGGUGGCUCAGCUGGGUGAGGAGGGCGUGAAACGGGUUGGUGGAGAGCGGUGGUGGCGGUGGAGGGAGGGGAAGUUGAUGGGGGAGUGGGUGUGGGUUAGAGAGAAGUGGUGGCCUGGGGCGGAGGAGGUGAAGGAGAAAGAGCCGCAGGCGAAGACUAUGCUGUAUGUCCAUGGCGGUGCAUAUUACUUCGGGAGUGUUGAUGAGCACCGCUAUCAACUACAGAGACACGCGAGGAAAAUCGGUGCGCGUGUUUUCGCGCCUCGCUACCGAUUAGCACCGCAGUUUCCGUUCCCAUGUGCACUGUACGAUGUCUUAGCAUGUUACCUCCACCUACUCUCGGAGCAGCCGGCGGAAUCCAUCAUCUUCGCAGGCGACUCGGCCGGCGGCGGCCUCCUCCUCUCGAUCCUCUGCAUCCUCCGUGACCAGGGCCUUCCCCAGCCCGCCGGCGCAGUCCUGAUCUCGCCCUGGGUAGACCUCUGCCACAGUUUCGCCUCGGUGGUCGCCGACAGCAGCGCCGACUACAUCCCGGCGCACGGCUUCCACCACCGUCCGUCGGCGGCAUGGCCGCCCCGCAGACCGAGGAAGAACUCUACCACGGGAGCCUAUUCCGAUCUCGACAAUGAGCGCGUGCUGAAGGUCGAAAUCGACGGCGCACUGCUCGAUAUUCCGGACCAGAUCCAGCUGUACACUACUAACGAUAUGUUGCGGGACCCGCUCGUGUCCCCCGUCAACCAACCUACCCUCGCCGGCCUCUGCCCGCUGCUGAUCCUUGUUGGCGGCGGCGAGAUCCUGAGAGACGAGCAGGUGUACAUCGCCCACAGGGCCGCCUUCCCGGAGCUAUUCUGCCCCGCGGGAGCCAAAGCUGCUGCCACCGUCCACCUACAAGUAUUCCCCAACGCCUGCCACGUCCUGCCGACGCUCGCCUGGACCCGUCCCGCAAAGCGAAUGUGCGCCUCUGUGGCCACCUUCGCAGCCGCCGUAUUCGCCGACCCAUCGGCGCUCCCAGACUUUACGCACGAGACGGUGCACACGACGACGAGCACGGCGCUGCCGGCCAUGAAGCCCGAGGACUUUCCGACGCCCGAGUGUAUCGGCGUCAUUACCGCCGAGCCUGUGAAGCGGUGGCUAGCAGCGAGGAGGAAAUGGGAGACUAAGUAUCCCUCUACGCCGCCGGAAGGGGAGGAGGAGGAGGAGACGCCAGAGACCUGGGAGGGUGAGAGACCCCCGCCCAGUGCGGCGGUACUCAAGAGGGGUACAGAAGUCAAGGGGAAGAAGACGGAGGAGAAAAUUAGCGAGGGCGAGAUGAAGAAUGAGAAGGGCUGGGGCAUGAGUCUGUGGGCUGGAUGGGGCGCGAAGAGUGAUAGCCGCAGGAUCCUGGAGAAGGAUACUGAGGAACAGCUGCAGGAGGAUGAAGAGAGGGUCGAGGAAGAGAAGGAGAGGGCGAGGAGUGUGUAGGUGCUUGGGGUUUAUUUCGUGGAUAUAUUGGUCAUUGGUUUCGAUACCACGAUUCGUGCUUGGGGACUUUUUGGAUGCUGCAUUGUUGGCGUAUGCUCGGUAUAGAUCUCUGCUUGUUUACUUCGUUUAAGCGCAUUAUAGACUUGAUUCUUCUCUUUCUUUUUACUACUCUUUAAUGAAACGGAUCCAGUUAAUGAAAUCGGU